AUGAGGAAAUGUUCAAGUCUCAUUUUUUUCGAAUGUAUAUCCCCGCGCGUCCGAGCAGCACUGGUUGAAACAUUCAAUCAACUUCCUGCCGUUGACCCUACCCGCUACUUCACAGCAGUCAGCCUUGAGACUGGCUCAGCCGCCAUUCUUCCCAGUAACUUCUGUCCUGAUCUGGCCAUUGUCAGCACUGCCGCGAGCGCUGGUACCGGUGCGAACCGUGGCCCAGGGGAUUGCAAGGUGUCUUGGAAGUGGGUCGCCAAUUGGCGCACACAAGUACUAUCACAACUUCAGUUCUAUAUGCGCCAGCACAGGGCCAAAUAUAGGUAUAUCGUAACCAACACUGAACUUGUCGCAGUCAGAAGGUCGCAGUCUCGAGGCCACCUGGCAGUAUCGAACCCUAUCCCAUGGACAACCAGCGGGAACGGGCAACUGACUGUUUACCUCGCACUCUGGUAUUUGGCAAUGUUGGGAACAGAAAAUGGCAGCUGGCGCAUUUGA